AUGACUGUCAAAACACAAGCCAAGCAGAACAACAACAAGAACAAGAACAAGAAGAACAUGAAAGCAGACGCCAAAACGGCAAAACCAAAACUCAAGAGCCCCAUUGUUCCUCAUCAGAAUAAGAAUAAGCUAGUAGCACGCUCCAAGAAGACAUGGAACGACAUGUCCCAUCUAUUUCUCAAACGAUUUGCGGAUAAUGAUGCGACCCUUACAGCUGGUGCCAAGCGUGAUCGAUUGAAGCAUCCGCAUUUGGUAGUGGCGGAAUAUGAUCCAAGUGGACGGUCCAAAUGCAAACUUUGCGGAAACAAGAUUGCCAAGAAGGAUCUUCGAUUCACUCUUUUUCUAGAAUGUCACAAGGGAUAUCGCAAUGCCUGUACGCUUCAUCAAGACUGCUUUUGGAAACAUCCGGAAACUGCCAAACUGGAGUAUCAUGACCACGAGUCUUCUUAUUCCAACCACAACAACCACAACAACAACAACAAUAAUACCUCUACUAGGGGUGAAAUCCACAUGGCGGCAAGUUUGUCACAAGAAUCACGAGCUUGGAUUGCCAAGACCUUCCAGGACCGCAAUACUAGUAAGAAGAAUAAUAACUCCAAGCCUCCUUGA